AUGCGCGUUCCAAACCAGCUGUUGCUUCUUCUUGUCGUUGGAGUGUUAGAGCUUAUUUCCGCCACUCAAGUGGAUUAUUCUCAAUAUGUUAAUCCUUUCAUGGGAUCGGAAGGACCAACUCCCGGUCAGGGUUACGGCGGGGGUGAUAUCUUCGUUGGUGGUGCUCGACCCUUUGGAGUAGUAAAGGUGGGAAUCGAUACAACAGCCGCAAAUUGGAGUCUCGCUGUUCUAAACGGUGGCUGGACACCUGAUGGCAAUGUCACCGCAGUCACCAUGAUGCAUGAGAGCGGCACCGGAGGUGCCCCCAAAUAUGGUCUUAUACCACAGAUGCCUCUUACCUCUGUAGAGUCGCCGGUAAAUCUGUUAGAUAACCUUACUUAUAGCCAGCCCAGGGUUGGGAACGACUCCGCAAGUGUGGGGUAUUUCAGGACCUUGCUUCAGAAUGGUGUACAGAUCGAACUUUCGGCUAGCCGACAUGCUGGUAUCAUUCAGUAUUCUUUCCCUGAAGGAGAGAAACACGUUUUGGUUGAUAUAUCCCACUAUCUUCCCGGGUCACCCGGCGAUUCUAAUGGGCAGUUUUACGUCGGUGGCGAGAUAAAUCUUGAAGAUAAUGGAAAAGCAUAUACCGGUUAUGGAACAUACGUCGGUGGCUGGAACAAUGGCGCACCUUUUACCAUUUAUUUCUACGGCGAGUUCUCUACCGCACCGACGAAUGCUCGUACAUUUACCGGCAUUAACACAGAUCCGAUGCCACGUUAUCAGAACCUGGCAAAUGGAGGCAUACCUCAACCAACAUAUGGCAACACCACCGAUAAAGCGACAUCAGGCCCUAUGAAUGACCGUAUCGGGGCGCUCUUCAGCUGGGAUGCUGAAGCAGAUACACAGAUCAGCUCUCGAGUUGGUAUAUCUUUCAUCUCCACAGACAAGGCUCGCUCAUACAUCACAUCGGAAAUUCCUUCUUGGACACUGAACGAUACCGUGCAAUCUGCUGUUGACGAAUGGAACCAGGAUGUAUUCAGCAAGACUCAAGUAUCUCUCGACAGCACGGCGAAUAUGACAAAUGUGCGACUACUUUAUAGUUCUCUCUACUUUAUCCACUUGAUGCCAUCCGACCGCACCGGUGAAAACCCUCUGUGGCAGUCAGAUGAACCUUUUUGGGAUGACUUCUACACGCUUUGGGAUAUAUUCCGCUGCACAGUCAGCUUCUAUCACGUCUAUCAGCCCACCUACUAUGAGUCCAUGAUCCGGGGGCUUAUCGACAUUUGGAGACAUCAGGGGUUCCUACCAGAUGGCCGCUCAGGGAACUGGAACGGGCUGGUUCAAGGCGGCUCUGAUGCGGACAACAUGCUAGCAGAUGCUUAUGUGAAGGGUCUGCGAGGCGCAAUUAAUUGGACGGAUGGAUAUGCAGCAAUGAAGACUAAUGCGGAGGUCAUUCCAUACAACACUUGGGACGCUACUGAUCUUUCCGCAAGUACAAAGGAAGGCCGUGGGGCACUGGGUGACUGGUUAGAGCUGGGAUAUGUCUCGGAAGAUCGCAAUACGCGCUGCAUUUCUAGAACCGUGGAGUAUAGUCUCAACGAUUUUGCGGUCAGCCAAGUGGCCGCAGGGGAAGAGCCUAGCGAUCAAGAAAAGUAUUUGAAUCGGUCUGCUGGGUGGCAACAUAUCUGGAAUCCGGAUGUGCAGAGUCUGAACUUCAGUGGCUUUUUGGCGCCCAAAUUAUCGAACGGCUCGUUUAACAACAGUGGCUAUGAUCCUCGUUACUGCUACGGAUGUGAAUGGCUCGCAUAUACGUAUGAGGGCGUUCCUUGGGAAUACUCAUUUGUGCUACCGCAUGACAUGGAAACCCUGAUCGACUUUAUGGGUGGUGCAGAUACAUUUGAAUCCCGACUGGAUAUGAUGUUUGAGCCGAACAUGUCAGUCCAGAACCUUGGAGCAAAUGGGGCAGGUAUUACGACAAUCAUAAACAUUGGGAACGAGCCUGACUUUGCGACUCCGUACUUAUACAACUACAUCAACAAGCAAGCCAAAAGCGUGGAAAAGUCGCGGAAUCUGGGUUAUCAGUACUUCCGGGAUGAAGCCUACGGGGUCCCAGGAAACAGUGACGCCGGGGCGAUGAACUCGUGGCUCCUGUGGCAGAUGUUGGGUAUCUAUCCUGUCGUCACACAACCAGUGUAUCUUCUCGCUUCGCCCUGGUUUCCAGACCUUAACAUCACCGUCAAUGGCAACCAGACACUCCGUAUCAUCGCGAACGGAUUAAACAAGGGCUACUAUGUGCGAAGCGUGAAAAUCAACGGACAAGCCUGGACGAAGAACUGGUUCGAGCACGAGGAUGUCAUGACCCAGGGUGGUACCAUUGAGUUUGAGCUGGGCGCAGACAUGACAGCCUGGGAUACUGGCAGUGUGCCUCCCUCGCCAGGACAUCGGAGCAUAUGA